GGGCUGUCUUUGGACCAGUGCGAGCCGGAGACGCGGCAAACGAACCCGGCGCUGCUCCUGGUACAAGACGCGAAGUGAGAGACAGGUAUCCGCGAGAGUGGAGGCUGCCUAUGACGUCAGGAGCUUUCCUAAAACUUAUCCCCAGCCCGAAUCAGAAGCUAAACGGGGAACUACCACCGCCGUUCUGUGCUUAGUGCAAUCCCCCCUUUUGAGACAACACACUUGAGUGAACACUUCAGUCCGCUCUAUGUAGGCGUGGUUCUCCGAUUAUCCCGUCCAUCCGUGCUCCAUUCGAGCGAGCCUUUAACGAGGACGCGCACAUUCUCAGGGAAGGCGAGGGAAGCCCAUUGGUCUCCCUAACAACGCCAGUGCCAGAGGACACAGCACCAGGACAGCAGCAGCAAGAUCGUGCUUCAUUAUUUAACAAGCUGAGUCACUGCUGAGGAGUGGGAAGAUCUAGAGAGAGAGAGAGGGAGAGAGAGACAGCAUCACUGGGAGAGAGAGAGCGCGGGUGAAAGAGAAAAGCAACGGAAGGAGGGGAAAAACCUCUACACAACGCCUUUGAGAGCAGAGCGAGCGAGAGAGAGGCAGCCAGUGAGCAGAAACGCCAAAAGAGAGAGAGAGAGAGAGAGCAGCAUUGAGGGAGGGAGACGCUGACCCCCCUCUCUCCUCUCUCCUCCGGUUCCCCGCUCAUCACUCCUUCAGGAGCUGGUGUGUAGGAGCGGCGAGUUCAGAGUGACCGUGGCAACAUGAACGAUGUCACUAUCGUUAAAGAAGGCUGGGUACAGAAAAGGGGUGAAUAUAUUAAGAAUUGGAGACCUCGCUACUUCCUUCUAAAAACCGAUGGAUCCUUUAUUGGAUACAAGGAAAAGCCACAAGAUGCAGAUCUACCCUACCCACUUAAUAACUUCUCUGUCGCAAAAUGCCAGCUGAUGAAAACCGAACGACCAAAGCCGAACACAUUCAUUAUUAGAUGUCUACAGUGGACUACAGUAAUAGAGAGAACCUUCCAUGUGGACAGUCCAGAAGAAAGGGAUGAGUGGGCAGAGGCGAUUCAGAUGGUGGCAGAUAAACUCCAAAAACAGGAGGAGGAACGUAUCCAGUGUAGUCCCACCUCACAGAUAGACAACAUUGGAGAGGAGAUGGACACGUCUAUUAGUCACCAUAAACGCAAGACAAUGAGUGACUUCGACUACUUAAAAUUAUUGGGGAAAGGCACUUUCGGUAAAGUCAUUCUCGUAAGGGAGAAGGCCAGCGGGAAAUAUUAUGCAAUGAAGAUUUUAAAGAAGGAGGUUAUUAUAGCAAAGGAUGAAGUGGCCCACACGCUCACAGAAAGCAGAGUGCUGAAAAAUACGAGACAUCCUUUUUUAACCUCUUUGAAGUACUCAUUCCAAACGAAAGAUCGCCUAUGCUUUGUGAUGGAGUACGUCAAUGGAGGAGAGCUGUUUUUCCAUUUGUCGAGAGAACGGGUGUUCUCCGAGGACCGCACGCGCUUCUACGGCGCCGAGAUCGUUUCCGCCCUCGACUACCUGCACUCUGCCAAGAUAGUGUACCGGGAUCUCAAGCUGGAGAAUUUAAUGCUUGAUAAAGAUGGUCACAUCAAAAUUACAGACUUUGGGCUCUGCAAGGAAGGAAUCACUGAUGCUGCUACCAUGAAGACUUUCUGUGGUACACCAGAGUAUCUGGCACCAGAGGUGCUGGAGGACAAUGAUUAUGGGCGUGCGGUGGACUGGUGGGGUCUGGGUGUGGUCAUGUAUGAGAUGAUGUGCGGCCGACUGCCCUUUUACAAUCAGGACCAUGAAAAGCUUUUCGAGCUCAUCCUAAUGGAGGACAUCAAGUUUCCCAGGACGCUGUCGGCUGAUGCCAAGUCCCUGCUGUCAGGCCUGCUCAUAAAAGACCCUAACAAAAGACUUGGUGGCGGUCCGGAUGAUGCUAAGGAAAUUAUGCGACAUAGUUUUUUUGUUGGAAUCAACUGGCAGGAUGUCUAUGAUAAAAAGCUGGUACCUCCCUUCAAGCCUCAGGUGUCCUCAGAGACAGAUACCAGAUACUUUGAUGAAGAGUUCACAGCUCAGACAAUUACAAUAACCCCUCCUGAAAAAUUUGAUGAAGAUGGGAUGGACUGCAUGGAUAAUGAGCGAAGGCCACAUUUCCCCCAGUUCUCUUAUUCGGCCAGCGGGAGAGAGUGAACGCCGCACGGUCCGCACUGCCUCAUCUCAUCAAGGUCACCACUGGAACAAAUGAGGUCUUCUAACAGUCCCAGCUCUACCCACACUCCAUCAUUCAUCUUGGUCCUUUCAUUUGUUUAGCUAGACCAAUGGAAACUCUUCUGGUUUAGGGUUACGGGAAUUUGCACGUUGGGUCGGACCGAGUUCCUACCCGUCCUCGAAGCUCCAGCCCAAAGGUUGGGGGAUGAUGGGAGAACUUUUGCUGUUUGUUAAGAAUUUGUUUACUUUUUCUCUUUGUCGUAUCUCUUCAUUCAUCGAAAACUAGACUCAAAGUGUUCGGUUUGUAUGAAAAAACUGCAUGGCUAGAGAUUCACAUGGGUUUACGACCACAUCUCUCGGGUACAUUCUGUAUAAUAAUGUAGUACAGUGACAGCUGCUUUGAUAUUACUGUUCUUAAGGUUCACCUUCUGGUAUAUAAAGUCAAAACUGCCAUAUACAGUUAA